UGUGAGGGGAAGUAGCAAGCAGCGCCCAAUUGUGAGACGACAGCCACACAUACGCACAAGCGUGCACACACACACACAAACACAAACACAGAGAGACAGUGGAGCUAGUGAAAAGAGUUUGUGAAACAGACACAGCAGGAGUCCACUACCACCAUGGACAACAUAUCAGAUGUGAAAGCCAUUCGGGCUCGUUUUCAGACUGCAGGUGUCUCAAUGGAAGGAAGUGCUGCAACACGUCCAAAGACCACUGUCCACCCAACUCUAUCAGGUCCUACAUUGCCAUCCAAAAAACCUGCACUGGAGGUCAGCCUCUCAGGUGGUGCUGCUGCUGCUAACUCCACCAACUCUAAACCCAGCUAUGUGAAGAACAUGGUCUCCAACAACAGUGCAUUAGAGUCAUGGGAGUCUCCAAAGCCUAAAGCCUUGGCCAGCAGGUUUGAGAAUGCAAAUGCAAAUGAGGAUAACAAACCCCCAUUUGCUAAACCCUUGAAACCAAAACCACCAGAUUCAAACCAGAAUGGUGACCCAAAGCCUAAGGUACUCUUACAGAAGCCAGUGAUAACAGAGGCCAAGAGCACAUUCCCCAAGCCACCACUUAUGACAACCAAACCUUUCAGGAGUCCUAAACCUGAGAACAAUGAAAGCACUGUGAAUGCCACCCCUACCCCUCCAAAAAUGCCUGCAACUCCUAAACCAAAGAGUACCAUCAACAUAAUUCGGCAGCAGCCAGAAGACAAUAAGGAAGAGGAAGAUGCAGCAAAACCAUUUUCAAAAUCAAAUCUGAAGCAUUCCAGCUUCCGUGCUGCCCAAAAUCUCUUCAGCAAAGCAGAAGAAGCAGCAAAGGAGGAGUCCAAAUCCCAAAUCCCAAAAGAAUCACAAAUGCCAGGCCCUUUUGUCCCCCGAAAAAAACCUAGCUUCAAGGCCAAACCCUGUGGGCCUGAUGCACAGACAGCAAAAGAUGAUCCUUUCGCCCCAAAAAGAAAACCACUGACUAACCUUCUUGCUCUCGGCAGUGCGCCAAGCAAACCUAACAGACCACCAAAAGUCAACCUUGAGAAGUUCAAGAAGGGUGCAGAACCUCAAGGUGAAGGACCUGAAAUAAAGAAGGGAGGUCCUCCUCUACCUCCUCCAGCAUCACAUCCCAGCAGCCAAGUAGCUCCAACUUUGCCUCCACGACCUACAGGACCCAUGAUACAGACAGAAGAGGAAUAUGAUGACAUUGGUAACCCGAAUGACUCAUCGUUUGGAAACUCAAGGCAACAAGACGAGGGAAGUGGAAGUGACGGGGAGAUGUAUGAGGAACUGGAUGGAUGGUCCACACCAGAGGUGAAAGAGCAAGAAAAGAAACGGGAAAAGGAAGAGAAAAAGCGAGUAGAGCAAGAAAAGAAAGACCAGAAGGAGCGUGAAAAAAAAGAACAAGAGGCCAGAAAGAAAUUCAAACUGUCUGGACCCCUGCAAGUUAUUCAUAAAGUGAAAGCAAGAGUGGACUGUAAAGGUGGCAGGAAUGACCUCAGCUUUAAACAGGGCGACUCCAUUGACAUCCUCCGGAUUACAGACAACCCUGAGGGCCGAUGGCUUGCCAGGACUCAAGACGGGUCCUGUGGAUAUGUAAAGACUGAAUCAGUCCAGAUCGACUUUGAUUCUCUGAAAAAUCAGAGCAGGCCUCUGCCUGAGAAUGACGGAGACGUGUACGAUGAUGUGGCGUCCCAGGAGGACAGCAGUAGGAGCAACAGUGGUCCAGGAGUCGUUCUGCCUCCACCACCGGAAGGCCCUGAUGAUCUAUAUGAUGAUCUGGAAGAUUCCAGCCUUAAUGUCAGCAGCCAGGAGUCCAGGUCUCUCACCAAAGCACGCAGCUUCAUACGGAUGCUAAAGGUCCCCACUGACUGGAGAAAAAGCCCUGUCCACACUAACGUGGUUCCUCCUCCUCCACAGUUCAGUCCAGAGGAUAAUCCAGCUGACGAAAUUUAUGAUGAUGUCGACACACCACAGCCUCUGAGCAGCAUGCCUCCUUCCAAACUGAAGCUGCCGAAACCUGAAGCUAAGACAGAUGACCCAAAGAAGCAGAAGAAAUUUGAAAAAGAGGAGAAGGAAUUCAGAAAGAAGUUUAAGUUUGACGGCGAGAUCCAGGUUCUGUAUCAAGUGACUGUAAUCAGUAAUAAGAAAGGCAGUGGAAAGGAUCUAACUGUGCAGGCCGGUGACAUCCUGGACGUCAUCAGCAACUUGGACAAUGACAAACUCAUCUGCAGGAACAAGGAGGGAAAAUUCGGAUAUGUCUCGUACAGUAACAUCCAGACUGAAGAUAAUGACAUAUAUGAUGACAUCGGUGAUGAUUGCAUCUACGACAACGACAACUGAUUGUGAGAAUGCCAGCUUCCUGAUGCACCUGUGGACCCCAGGCCUGCUUUCAUGCUCCAUCUGACAUUUUAUGUCAGGUUUAUUUCUCUACAUGUGGUGGGAUGCAACGUGCAUGUGUGUGUGGAACGAGUCGAUCCAGUCAUGUGACCCAAACCCAACAGGAAUCACUUUCAGCAGUUGAAAGGAACAAUUUGGACAAAAGUCAAAUAUGCAUAACGUCCCUUUUCCCAAAUGUAGCAGAUCAGCUGAGAUGCACUUGAUGUCCUGGCAGAUGGACUACAUUUGAGAAAAUGAGGCAUUGUGCAAAUUAUCUUGCCUGACUUUCUCAUUUUUAAAAACAACUAUAAUUGUUGAUGGUAAAGUAUUUACAGAUACCAAAGAAAACCAGUGCGCUAUCUGUUUAUUUCUCUUUUUCUUUGGUCAGAUUCUAAAUGGAUCACUUAUAUGCAGCUGUAUAACAUUUCUAACACCUUAUUUAUGUAAGAGACAGUAUUUUGUUGUCCCCCUGUUAUACUGUAACAUUGUUUUUGUAGUCUGGAGUUUAAUAAAGAAGAUUCCAUUCCA